AUGUGUAACCCUCAUGAGUCAUGUAGAGAGCUCCCGUUCUACCCAGAGACUGUUGAGUAUACUACACCAAAAGGACACGCAAUAUCACCACAGGAAACUGUCAGAGACCUUGGAGUGUAUGUUAGCAGCAGUAGGUCAUGGGGUCCUCACAUUGAGAAGACAGUUCAAGGAGCUAGAAAAAUGGCGGCUUGGACAUUGAGUGCCUUUAGAGACCGGUCACAAGUAGUCAUGCUGACUUUAUACAAAAGUAUGGUUCGCUCCAAGCUAGAGUACUGCUGUCCAGUCUGGAACCCUACAAAAGUCACAGAGAUACAAAAGCUGGAGACUGUACAGAGAUCCUUUACUAGAAAGAUAUCUGGCUGCCGUGAUCUCCAGUACUGGGACAGGCUGAAGAAGCUUAAGUUGAUGUCCCUUCAGAGGCGGAGAGAGCGUUAUUCUAUUAUUCAUGUAUGGAAAAUUCUUAAUGAACAUGCUCCGAACGAUACGGGCUUCGAGUUCAAGUCUCAUCAAAGGCAUGGUAUUAAGGCAGAGAUCCCAGCCAUGAACAAAAACGCACAGUUGUCGGUAAGAACAGAUUACGACAACAGCUUUAGAGUUAGAGCAGCUCAGCUCUUCAACGUGCUCCCAUCGGAGCUCCGGAGUAUCACAUUGCUAGACAGUUUCAAAGUUGGUCUAGGCAGAUUUAUGGAACAGUACCCAGACACACCACCGGUUCCGGGAUACACUCCGACAAACGAUAACUCAAUGCUGAGCUGGAGGAGGACGCACUCGAUGCAGUUGUCCUGA